UCCGCGAGCCUCCGCGGCAUCGAUUUGCCUUGAUUCAUAUCAUUGUCGAGUCCGUCGCAGCCAGCGACGUCUCGAUCCUGCUGCUGCUAUCCUCUCAUACAUCGUGUCUUCUGCAUCAAGGUUUCAAGAAAGACUGCACCCUCAAUCCGAUCAGUGAGUGCUCAUAUAUGACUCCUAACAUGUUUGUACAGGGACAGUCAAGCACCAACGUGCAUCAGCCUCCGGGAGCACUUGUCUCCUGGAGCAGAGUACAAUCCAGUACACUUCUCGCCAAACGUGAACCCUCCCGGCAGCGAUGACACGCUGCAGCGCAUAUACUCAGCUGCAAACGAAGACGUGGAGAUGAAGGAGCGCAGGUCCGUGCACGUCCAGUCGCGGCAGGAGAACUUCGGGAUUCGCAUAGAGUCACACGAGAACGAGCGCAAGAACGAUAUCUACAUCUAUGACUGCUGCCAGUACUUCGCGCAGUCAAAAUCUGACGGCACGCGCGCUCGAGUUGCAUUCGUCAGCAGCGACGUGAUCCUGUUGAGCACGGUCGAAAGCAUGAACGCGGAUAGCGUGCGAGGAGCAAAUCCGUACGAGACGGUCUUGACCAUUCGGCCUGACAAGAGUGGCUGGUCGAGUCGGACACUUGCGAGACAACUCGCUGAAGGGGGCGCGGACAUUCACCCCGAAGUCGGGGCGGACGACAUCCCAAAAGACCAGCGGACACAUCACAAUCACAGCACGGUGACCGAUGUUGACGACAGGAUGGAGGUCGAUGACGAACCUGUUGAGAAGUUCAUCCCAUCGCAUCCGAUCGACGCGCUUCACCUCCAGGUCAUUGACCACUUCACGCUGCUUCUCAAGGAUCUCGCGCAUCGCGUUCGCACAGACGCGGGAGACGUCACACCACGAAACCGAUCUCAACACGAGCCUGGGUAUCGCCAAAAGGAUGUCUCUAUGUGGACCGUGGGUGACUGCCUCGACUACCUGGGGACGAAGAAGCCGCUGCGGCCAAGCGAUCCUCCUCUACGAUGCGAUGGCACGCGUCGAGGCCAGGAGUGGUCUCAUCAAGCGUGGAAGAACAUCACGGUCGCUCUCGAAGACAUCGGAAACAAGUUCGAGGAUGGGGCCGUGCUAGGUUCAGUCGAGUCCUUCAGACAGGAAAAGGACCACGUCUUUGAGCUCCCGCUACGUCCCACUGGCCAGUGAUGGCUCAGGGACCGUGUCCACGAACGGGCGCGCAAAUCACGAGCUUGUAGAUGAGGGCACGUUCUCCAAGUUGGACAACAGUGGGACAGAAGCUACCGAAGAAGAUGCGGGACGGAACCAAGUUUGUCUCCUUCCCAUCUGCCAUGCCACUCCCUUGAGCUUGAAGGCGACAGGUGGUUCUCAAGCACUGGAGCGAUGUAAUUUAUGUCAAGCGCGUUGGUGCAGACGCUGACCGAUGGCUAUCAUGGUGCAUGACGGAUCCACCCCGAGGAGAUACAUCAUAUGAUACUUGCGGCAGGAACGAUUUGUAGAUCCAGGCAGAGCGACGCUGCAAGAAUGACGAAGUGUAUGGAUAGGCAGGGUGAAGGUGGCAGGUGCAGCGAGUGGAAGUUUGCAGGAAGGGGUACGGUGCAGGCAGUCGAAUCCCUUCAUUUCAAUGUGUACAUCU